CUAAACUGGAUCGGCAGGGCUGAAGACCUAGAAGUAUGUGAUUCUCCUCUGGAUGCUGGAGCCGACUCGUCUGUCGCUGCUACUUAUGCCUGCUCUUCUACGGAUCGUGGUCUGGUUAGUGAGAGUGACCAAAGCGAGGGUACCCAAGAGGAGGACGAGGAAGAGGAGAGAAAUAACAGUUCUGCAUGCCCAGGAUCUUCGCACUCCCAUCUCAUCCCAAUGAAUCCUUCUGGAGUUGUCGACUCAUCUUCCGCCUCCGGGUUGUCUGCUGUCAGAGACAACACCUCCAGUUCGACUUCGUUUAGCUCAAGUGUCAGUGAGGAAGAUAAUGACGAGGAGAGGGAAGUCAAAGAGCAGGGCGCUGGGUCAGUCGGGAGUCUAAGCUACGCCGCCAACACAGCGACAAAUCAUAAAAGUGGAGAAAAUAAGGAUUUCGAGUCGAUACUCUGCGCCGAUCUCGAUAAGCCCCUGGCACAGCCAGAUACGGAAUUGUGUCGGUGCCGAGUCAGGCGUAACCCCUUUCCCGGGCCCUCUUGUUUCAGAGCAACCAGAAAUCGACGAAUGCAGGGUAUGAGUGAUGGUUUAUCAAUAAAGUCUGCUUCUGGAGCUAGAGACCAUUGCCAAGCCGCCUGCCAAGGUGUCGGCAAGAGUUUCACCAGCAGCAGUCUCGGUCUGUCCCAAUUGCCCCAAGUCGGUGGAAGCGUUGGCAAUGACGUUGGAGGGCUGGUCGGUGGACCAGCGGUGCUAUCGGACAUCAGCGAAAGGACUGAAGAGGCAGAGACCACAGCUCCAACGAGUUUGCGGAGCAGUAGACGAGUCUCAGCCAACAUCACGGACACAGAAGCUGUGGAGGCUGGAAGAAACGACGAGGCCUGGCGGACUGGCGUUGCUACGGCCACAAGCCAACUAAUGAGUCAGACCCAGCACUCUGGACUCAUGCAAGAUACCUUGAAUGGAAAUGCACGAGACACGAUAAUUAGUGAACACACAUUGUCUGAUCACGAGAAGACCUUCAAUGCCAUCGAGUCCUACCUUAUCGGCCUGGAGACCCCUCCAGAUGAUUUGUAUUUGAGACGCAACAGCAUGUACAAUACUGGCUUGGCUGGUGCUCAGACGACCGACGAUGAUUGGAUUUCUAAAAACCUUAGAAAUGAUACUUCUGACCAAAGAACGGAUCAGAACCAAGCUGAUCAGACUCAGCCGAAUGGCAAGAUGAAUACCGAUGCGUAUUCCGAGCCAAGUGUCAAAGGCUGGGCCCCAAAGACAGAAUUGGUGAUCUACGCUAGUCUCGAAUUGGAUAUAUCGCCUACCGAGGGCGUACGUCAGCCGCCCCAGAAGCAGGAAGUUGAUUUACUUAAAUCGAAACUAGGCGAGGAUAGGUCGGUCCUCGAGCCGAGUACGUGGCUGGCCACAGGACCUGGAGAGACAAGUUUCUCAAGCAUCAAGGCGCAAUUUGACUUCGGCCAACAUAUCUACUGCAAAUGGUGGGCACAGGGGCAUUACAAUGGAAUUUCCUCAGUCCUAUCGCAUUCUGCGUCUUCGCUCGGCCUUAAUCAAAGCCAGCCCAGCUACAAAUCUCAAGAUAUUCAUUCGGACGAAGCUGACGAGGUCAGUCUGAACAAGCAAGAUAUUCACCUGCUCUCGUUUGUCUCCUCAUUGCUGCACGAGACGGAACAUACAAAACCCCAGCCAAAGGUCAGUCAAUUUCAUUUGUAUGACACUAAUGAGCACGGUUAA